CCAUCAACCACAAGCCAUUCCUCUACUGCCCAUUGUACUUACACAACACACUAAAAUCCUCAUAUCCUCAUCCUCAACCUCAUCAUCAUCACCCCCUCCUUGCAACUUGCACUCCCAGUGGUCUCUAACUAGAGACCUCUGUUGGAUGUUGUUGUGUUGCUUCAGCUAAGAGACUAGUUUCCUUCACCUUUGGGUUAUUGGACAUGUCAGCAACUUCUAUGACUUUGACCAACAACAAAGUUCAAAGCCAACAAGGCUUGUUAUCUUCCUCUGUAAAGACAGAGGAAGAGACUACGAUGCUGAAGCAAAAGCAAGGCAUCAUCACCAUUUUGGACUCAAACACAGCCUCAGCGUCUUCUUCUCUACGAAGGACUCUUUCUGCGGACAUGUCAUCAAAGAAAUGGCUCUCUCAAAGCAUGAAGAACAUUGCUUCAUGUGAGGAACUCUUGCAUUCCAAAACCAUUGCUGAAUCACUCUCCUCUUCUUCUUCUUCUUCUGAAGAUGAAGAGAACAAGGAUCUUGACGCUGAAGCUGAAAGAGAGAGGCUUGAGAUUUGGAGUUCAAUCCAAAGGAACAAAAAGGAGGAGCAAGAGAAAGGGGGGCCAUUUGAUACAUGGAGCUCAAUCGUAUCCCUCAAGGCCAAUGAUGAAAUCUCAAAAUCUCUUCCUGUGACUCCCUAUGUUCACCCUCUCGUGAAAAGAUCAAAAAGCUCUUUGAGUGAAAAGAGCCUUGAAAUUUGCACUGAGAGUCUUGGCUCCGAAACUGGCUCUGAUGGCUUGUUUUCCUCUUCCCCUUCAUCUGAAACAGGGGAUAUGGAAGAAGAAGAAGAGAAAGUUACUUAUGAAGAACAACAACAGCAAGAAGAAGAGUUACAAGUGCCAAAGUACAAUUAUGCUGCAACAGCUACAAAAAAGCUUUCAACACCACGCUCUUUCCCUCCACCACUUCCUUCACUCUCUCAUCAUCAAACUAGUCCCUCACUUCACAUGCGUUCCCAUCGUGACAAUGGAAGGUUGGUCCUCCAAGCUGUGUCUGUUCCUUCUCUUAACAAUUUUAAUGUUCAACGCCAAGAGGGUCGUCUUGUACUCACUUUUGCCAAUCAGCAAAAGGAGGAGGAGGAGGAGGUGGAAGAGAAUGAUGAUGAUGUGGAGCAGUUGGAGGAAGAGAGUUUUGGAGGAAAAGAAUACUAUGAGGGUGAAGAGGAAGAAGAGGCUGUGGAAUAUGAGAGUGAUGAUAGGGAUGUGGAGAGUGUGAUGGAGAAAGCGCCUUUGUUGUCAAGUGGGAUAAGUAGUGGUGUUCGUGGGAUGGCUUUGAUGAUGAAUAAGCCAAAUGGGUUGGUGAAUAGGAACCCAAAGUGGUCAGAGAAGUUCAAUGAAAUGACCAAUUUUGAGGAUGUUAAUGUGAUGGAAGUGAAACCAAGUCAAGUGGCACAAUCACUUCCUCCAAGGCCAAGGGUGGCUAGGUUGAUUCCAUCAGCACCAGCUGUGGCAUCAGUUGCUGCAGCAGCAGCAGCAGCUUCUUUCAAUUUUAAUGCUUAUGAGUACUAUUGGAGGACCAAGCCUCCAUCAAAAGUUACCAGUGUUAACCCACUUGACAAAGACAAACAUCAUCAACAAAACAAUGAGUCACCCUUGAAAAGCAAUAAGGUUGUUGUCUCUGGGGACAUGAACAAGGUCUCCAAUGAGCAAAAGCAGUUGUUGAUUCUAAGAGGGAAGAAUGGUGAUUACUUGGUGCAUAAUUUGAAGAGUUGCAAGGAUUCUAGAAGGUCUUUUCUGUUUUGGGAACCCUAUUGCAUUGCCACCUCCUGAGUCACAAACAAUGACAACAACCUCAUCAUGCGUACGACCCCACUGCUAAUCCAAAAUCCAUUGCUCAAAACACUAUUUAUUACUCCAUCCUUUUAUCUCUACAUAGUUCCACUCUUUCAGGGAGUUUAGUGUAGUCAAAUAAAAGAAAAGGGAGUGGGAGAAAGGGAUAGUGAGAGAGGAGAGAAUACUUUAUUUGUAAGAUCAUAGAAAUGACUUGAACAGUGUUGUCAUAUAUAAUAUUAUUUAAAUGCCUAUCUUUGCUAUUGGCUAAAUACAUACACACUACACAAAUGUAAUCUUAGCUCAUCUUUGACCUGGUGUGGACUGUCUUGUCCUACCCUAAAAUUAUCAUCCUUCCUUAGCUUUUCAACUUUCUUGCUUUUGUAAUCCAAGCCAAUGGGGUUUAGAAAUGGGUCAUGUCCUGCCUAACUGGUCUUAUUUUUUGGGAACACCAUGAUCAUUCCCUGAUAUGUUUUGCCCCUCCUCAGUCUAAGUUUGGACAGUGACUAAUAUAUACAUAGCCAAGAAAAUUUAAAAGCUAUAAUGGAUAUUUGUUGAUUAUAUCUGUGUUUGUUAUUCUUAAUUACGUAAUUCCUAAUACAGACUAUUUUAUCAAACCUAACCAUAGCUAAUACUUGUCUUACAAACUAUCCAUGCAUCUUGCAUUUCUUGGUCCUUAGAAAUAAAAUCAAAAUUUUAGCUACUUAUUACCACUAAAAGAAGUUGCAACAUCAACACUGCAUUUUUAAUGACAUGUAAAACAAAUAUGGAGAGGAUGAUGACAACAUCACCAACUUCAAUUGAAUAUAUAUUUUGGCUGUCAAUUUUCUGUGGGUGAGGUGACGACUUAUGAAUAGAAAACAAAGCAAGCAUGGGAAUAUAAAAAUAUUAACAUGGAGUGUGAUUUCACCUCCACUGUUUGUAGCUAAUGAUAAAGCAAGCAUCACGUGUUACUGACUUUUCUGUAGUAACUUACAUUUCAUAAUACUAUCUCUUUCUUCUAUUGGACCUGGGCCAAAGGAGAGAGAACCUCUCCUUUAUUUACUUAUCCUGUUAUUCAUCGCCCGCCAUGAAUUUAGUACCAUAUGUUCCUGUGUAUGUUGUUUGUGAUCCAAAAAAUUAUAAUUCCAAAUGGUUUAAACGAUGAUUAAGGAAUUUUUUCUAUGAAGAAUGCUUCGUCAUUGAGAGAAUCAAUUGAUUAUAGGACAAUUUUUGUGGAAGAUGUUGUUUGUUGCUGGUCAGAAAGCUAGAUUUUGCUAAAUAACAACCUACAGGGUAACUCUUACUCGUUGCCAUUGAUUUUUUGGAGUGAGUUAAAAUAAUGCUAACCCAACUUAAUCUACUAAUUUUGUUGAUUCACUAAAUUUAAAAA